GAACAAGAUCUUUUCUAUUAUUGGUGCAAUAUUUUAUGCUCCCGUUCACUCCGUUUAAUGGUAAAACUGCAAUGAUAUAGGAAAAGGCACGUUGCCUGUCGUAGUUCAUCCCUGUUAUGUAGGCAAUUCUUUCUUUCCGCGAUGCUCUGCUCUGCUCUGUACUGGAAGACGUUAUCUUAAGGUUCCAGCAUUGAUUUUUACCGUAGAUUUGCACCCUGUUUAAUUUUUGAAUAAGAAAUGUAGUGAAAUAGGCUGAAAUGUGUCCUGUAAGUCACCUUUGUGACUGAUAUAUUUUGAGUGCUUACAUGUUGGGUUAAGAUAUUGCAUGAUCUGGGGCUAUUAAUAUUGUGUAUGGAAAUACUAUCCAGUGGAACCAACCGUGUGAAUAUUUUAUUUAUUGCAACAUUAUUUGAAUAAUAAAAUGCAGGUCGGUAUUAGAUUAGGUGAAAUACUAAAACAGCACAAGUCAUCUUAGAAUAAUUCAUUAAAACGUAUUUAAGUCAUGCUUUACAUUUCAUAUGUCGUGUUUGCUACAACAUAUCUAUUACAUUGCCAAAUGAGAUAGCACUGCUGUGAAGGUCUGCUAUUGUCUCAUUCAAGGUGUGAUACCCUCUUUUAUGUGACGUAUACUGCACUUUCUUUUCUCGUGAUGGGUUUUUUGCUUUUGCGUCACUCUUUGAGCUGCCAGUGGACUACAAUGUUUAGUAUUGCACCAUUCCCCGUGUCUCGCGUACAGCGGCCCGUGGUGUGAUGCUGCGGCGUGCAGGAGAGGGAGGAGGAGGGAAUGCUAGACUUGCUCGUUCACAGUAAUCUCUCUACUCCACAGUACUACUGCGAGGGUCGGCUGGCAUCAGGGGAGUGAGCAGCUGAGAGAGAGAGAUACGGACGAAAUAGAGAAAGCGUGCGUGUGCGCAUGGAUUGCACCACCGCAUCCUCUCCACAAAACAUGCGAACAGCCAUGCUUUGAACAACAGUUUCAGAUUAACCCAUAUUUUACGAUUCUAUGUGUCCUUGUGGUGAUACGUUUUUCAUCGCGAAAUAACCCAUACGUUUCCUUUGGCGUGAAUUCAGAAGAUACAGUGACAUCGAUUAUGGCACUCGUGAUGGAGCCUAUAAGUAAAUGGACACCCAAGCAGGUCCUGGAUUGGAUGAAAGGCUUGGACGACUGCCUCCAGCAGUACAUCAAGAACUUUGAGCGGGAGAAGAUCAGCGGCGAGCAGCUGCUCCACAUCACCCACCAGGAGCUGGAGGAGCUGGGCGUCACUCGCAUCGGGCACCAGGAGCUCAUCCUGGAAGCCGUGGACCUCCUCUGUGCGCUGAACUACGGGCUGGAGACGGAGAACCUGCGCACGCUGUCGCACAAGCUCAACGCCUCGGCCAAGAACCUGCAGAACUUCAUCACGGGGCGGCGACGCGGGGGUCACUACGACGGGCGCGCCUCGCGUCGCCUGCCCAACGACUUCCUCACCUCGGUGGUGGACCUCAUCGGGGCGGCCAAGAACCUGCUGGCCUGGCUGGACAGGUCCCCGUUCGUCAGUGUGACUGAGUACUCACUGCUGAAAAACAACAUCGUUCAACUGUGCCUGGAGUUAACCACUAUAGUGCAACAGGACUGCACAGUAUACGAGACGGAAAACAAGAUUCUUCACGUGUGUAAGACCCUGUCUGGAAUAUGUGACCACAUCAUCUCUCUGUCCUCGGACUCCCUGGUCUCCCAGUCAGCCCACCUGGAGGUGGUGCACCUGACUAAUGUAAUGCCUAGUGAGGGCCUGGGGAUGUACAUCAAGUCCACGUACGAUGGGCUUCACGUCAUCACUGGGACCACUGAAAAUUCUCCAGCAGACCAGUGUAAGAAGAUCCACGCCGGGGACGAGGUGAUCCAGGUCAACCACCAGACAGUGGUGGGCUGGCAGCUGAAGAACCUGGUCAACGCUCUUCGGGAGGACCCGAAUGGAGUCAUCCUAACGUUGAAGAAGAGGCCGCAGAACACCCUGACCUCUGCUCCCGCCUUACUGAAGAACGUGCGCUGGAAACCCCUCGCUCUCCAGCCAAUUCUCACCAGCCCUACCAGUGACCCCAUCACUCCAACUGGCACCAUGGGUAUGUCUUCCACAAUGGACGGUUCCAACAUGCAGGAUGUUUUCAUUCUGUCCCCUGUCUCAGGACUCUAUGGACCCCGGGACGAGAUGGCCGUCAUGUCCUGCGAUGACAUCAGCAAGUACAGCAUGGGCAAGUCGGGCAUGAAGGGCUCCGACUCUCCCAGCUACUACCUCGACCACGAGAGCGGCAGGUACUACACCUUCAUGGAGGGCGAGGGCGUGCACCUGGGGCCCGAGUACGACCGGGGCCGCUCCACGGGGGUCCGCAGGAGAGAGAAGACCCCGACUCACGGUGACCUCAGGCCAGUUUCCAUGCCAACGGAGUACAAUUGGAUGACGGAAACCAAGGAGCCCAGUAUGUACAAGAGGGGCAGCAGAGACUCGGACAGCUCUCUCCUGCGCUACCUGAGCGACGACAAGAUCCUGGUGAUCCAGGAGGAGCCGGAGGCGCCUCGGGAAUGCAAGCGCGACACGGGCCGGCGUUCCCGCAAGAAGGGCAAGAGCCCCAGCAGCCCCAGCUUUCCCAUCAGCCCCAACUCCCUGCUGGCCUCCACCGUCAGGCUGGACUCAGGCCCCCCCGAGGGGCUGCCCUUCCCACUGCCCGAGAGCAACACCGUUCCUCUCUACCACAGAGCUGGAGACACGUUGCGUGCAGAUGCAGACAGGUAUGCUGGUUCUGGUAUGGACAGACAAAGCAGCACAUCCAUGAGGAAGUCCUUUCAUUAUGCCUCCUUAAGAACUAAGACCAAAAAGAGAACCAAAGGCUUGACCAGCGGCAGCCGGCGGCGCAUCUCCUGCAAGGACCUGGGGCACGGCGACUGCGAGGGCUGGCUGUGGAAGAAGAAGGACGCCAAGGGCUACUUCACCCAGAAGUGGAAGAAGUACUGGUUCAUCCUGAAGGACUCCUCCCUCUACUGGUACACCAAUCAGAACGAUGAGAAGGCUGAAGGCUUCAUCAGUCUACCGGAGUUCAGGAUAGACAGAGCCAUCGAAUGCCGCCGGAAAUUUGCCUUCAAGGCCUGUCACCCAAAAAUCAAGAGUUUCUUCUUCGCCACUGACUGUUUGGAGGAGAUGAACAGGUGGAUGAACCGGCUAGGACUGGCAGCCAUUGGCUACACACCGGAUGACAAGGUGUCACGCCCUGAUGAAGAUUACUGGAGUGAAAGUGAUCAGGACGACAUCGAUGGCUCAAUGACCCUUAAGCAGGAGGGCCCUUCUUCACUGUGUGACAUCUACCAUCGCACCCCUUCUGUGAACUCCUCCAGCCCCUUCCCGGAGGCCAAGCACGGGCGCCACUUCUCCAGCGAGUCCACGUACUCCCACUCCUCGGCGGAGGACUCGCGGGCGGAGGGCCCGGGCAGCGGCCACUCCUCGGGCUGCCGCUCCACGCACCGCGAGCGCCGCUCCUGGCAGGACCUGAUCGAGACGCCGCUCACCAGCUCCGGCCUGCACUUCCUCCAGACCGUUCCCGCCGAGGGCGACUUCGGCUUCGGCGGCGGCGGCUACGGCUACGGCUACGGCUACGGGGGCACCCUGGGCGGCGGGCGGCUGCCGAUGUCGCCCGACCGCCGGCGCCAGGCCACCCUGCCGGUGCAGAGGAGGCACCGGCCGGACCGGGACGGGCCCUUCCCGCUGGUGGAGAGCGAGGAGCUCCACCUCCACCACCGCGCCCACAAGCAGCGCAGCCAGAGCCUGCCGAGGAACCGCGAGGGCCGGGCCGCCCGGGCCGUCUUCCACCCCGCCGGGCUGUCCGAGGAGCGCAGCGAGGACGACGAGGUGCCCUUCCGCAAGCACGGCGGCGCCGCCAAACACGAGCCUGGGCGUGAGGAGGUGGGCACGUUGGACGGACUGCAGCAGCUCUACCGCACGCUGGAGCAGGCCAGCCUCUCCGCCUUCGGCGAGCCACGCCCGUCCACGAAGCAGGAGUACCGCCGCUCCUUCAUCAAGCGCUGCAACGACCCCAUCCUCAACGACCAGCUGCACCACAUCCGCGUCCUGCGCAGCACGCUCAAGGCCAAAGAGGGAGAGCUGGCCCUCAUCAACCAAUUGCUUGAAGAGCCCAACCUGACCUCCAAGAAGUUCCGCGAGUGGAAGCAGCGUCACCACGAGCUCUUCAUGGACAUCUGCGAGUUCAGCCCGGGAGACAACGGCACCGCGGACCUGUCUCCGCUGGCCACGCCCCUCAUGGCACACACCCACUCCUUCAUCGAGACGCACGUGUGAGACGCCGGGGCGAGGCCGAGGGGUGACAGGGUCGACAUGGAAACGCUUCCCUAAACCCCGCCCCCUGACUCCCAUGCUAUGACUCACACUCCAGUCCCCCCCAUUCUCUUGCUCCAGGCACACCUCUCAAUUCUCCCCUUCACAUCAAACAGACUGACCAACCAACCACUGUAAUAAUCUGUAAAUACUGUACGGAGACUUAAAGACUUAAAGAGAGGAGAGUUCUGGUGUACAUACUUUGGAUUUAAAAAAAAAUAGUGAAGCCCCCGCAGGGUGCCCGCUGCAUGCCUGAAGAGAGAGUAUUACCCUUCCUUCAUCUUCUGAAAUGUGAAUGAACUGGGGAAAAACAAUAAUCAUGGGCAAAAAAAAAAAAAAACAACAAGCUGACAAAUGAAAGGAAUAGAAAGGACAAAUGCUUUGGGUUUUUGCCAUUACCUUCUCUUUUGGGGUUUUCUUUCCUUUACCUGUUAUCCUUCCUUUUGUAUUGGUCAAGCUGAGAGCAGUGGAGCACUGUAGCAGUACUAUGGAAGCAAACCAUUUUCACCACAACACUGUAUUACUAAGUUUUGCACCCACAGCACAGAGAAACUCCACAGAUUUUUAUAUACAUAUAUAAAUAUAUUUAUACUAUUACCAUUAUUACUACUGAUAUAGUCCUUUGUUUCUAAAGAUAGCUUGUGUUGAAACCCAGAAAUUAAAGAAGGGACUCCUGCAAGUGCUUGUUCUAGCUAUUUAUGUGACUCAAAAUUCCUUCAGGACAGUUUUCUGAAAGUAAAUCAUAUGAAACUAAAAGAUGCAUUACUUGGGGGCGAAAGUGUACAAGAAAUAAAUGUUAAGUUAAAAAGAACUUAGCAUUUGCCUAGAAGAAGCCCCUGUUUAAUACUGUGAACUAUCCUUGUGAAUGCAACUUUUAGAUUCAAAGGAAUCUAAAAAAAUCUUUCAACAUUUUGUUUUGGAAGACAUGACAUGGCUUCAAUGGUUACUUGUUGUGCUGUGUGCAGUUUGUUAGCUGGGGGAUUCCACCUGACUGUGGAGAGAACUUCAGUCCCCCAGAGUCUUGUUCACCUCCGAAUCCAGUAUGAUUUUGGCUUUUCAUUUAUUGUGCUUGUGCGUGGCCACUGGGUAACUUUUUAACUUUGCUAGCCAGGUUCCCACAUCCAUUCAUACAUACAUAUGUAUCAUUUCAUAUUAUCCAUGUAUACAGUUGGAUAUUUUCUCAAAAAAUUCAGGUUAUGUACCUUGUGUAAGUGUACAACCUCAGCCCCCUUGAACCUAUGACUUUCUGGUGACAACUUCAAUUUAGUCCCUUGCCACUAUGUCCUUGUGUGCAUGUGCACGCUCAUGUGUUUGUUUGUUUGUUUGGUUUCUUGGACAUAAUUGUUUGGUUAGCACAAGUUAAAUGAUGCACUAUAUAGAAUGCACUUUCCAUACUUACAUUACAGUACACAGCAUCACUGAGCCACAAAAUGAAGGUCACUCACAGCUUAACUGGCCAGGGUAUUCACUAUUCAGACACUGACAGAGCACCUUUAGGGUGGCCAGCUGUCUAAUACGCACACCCAGGCGUUUAUACCCUCAGCUGCUAACCUCACAUUGAAAAUGAACACUAGAAAGUUGGGCACCUGCUUUAUCACUCCGCAAAGAUUUGUUUCAAGGUUUUUGUAUAUUUCAUAUGCAUAUGUUUAUAAGUGGAAAUUUCUUUCAACAGAAUAUGUUUGUUGAUUAAUGGAAAGGUAUAACAUAUCAGAUUGUGUGUGGCCCUGACCUGAAUUGAAAGGAAAAUCAGGGAGUGUUUAACUAUAAGUGGUGGGUGUAUGUGUCCUGUAUGGGGAUGGUUCCAAAUUAUGAACCAGUAGCAUCAGAUGAAGCAUGUAUUUUUCAUGUUUUUGACUAACUCCUCAACUUCAUGACCUACAUUCAAAAUGUUUAAUUCCAAGAUGCAUCAGAGACCAAUGUUUGGAUCCCGUUAAUUGCUGCUUGCGGCUAUUAUUAUUAUUAUUAUUAUUAUUAUUAUUAUUAUUAUUGUUGUUGUUGUUGUUUUUGACAGGUUGACACUCGCAUAUAGACCAACAUAAGUUUACAGGUCAGGUUCUGUGAUAAAUCAGUGCUCAAAUUAAUUUAAACAAAAAAUAGGCUCAGUUCAUCCAUGGAGAUCCGUCACUGCAGCUAACGUACUGUUCCAAAUAUUUUCCUCCCCUAUCAUAAAUGAAGGAUUUACAGGGUAGGGUUAGUUUUUUUAUUUCAACAAGAGCAUAUCACUUUAGUGAAGCUGCAAUCAGAAAACAGCUUUGGUCAGACUGGACCAAAUCAAAACAGUUCUUUUCCAUAAUAGAUAGAGGAUGUGAAAAAUGUUGACUAAGUAUUGAAAUACCAAUUAAUGAAACCGGUCUUAUCAUAAUGAUUAUUAUUGUUAUAUGGAUAAUUGUAAUUUAUAUAAUGAGAAUAAAUGUUUUUGGACAGGAGUGGGUACAAACUGUGCAAGCUAUGCCCCUGAGACCAGAAAAAAAAUACAAGUGUCUUGGAUGACAAAAACAUGUUUCAAUGAAAAUAUUUUAAAAUAUAUUAUUUAUUCUAUUUUUAUUGAAUGUCCCUUGUAGUGUAGGUUUCAGCGUAGUAGAAUAUAAUAUUCUUGAGAUUAAUACCAGAGAAUCAUGUGCCAAAAAUGAGACAAAAAUUAACUGCUGGGUCUUUGGAGCACACUGAAUUUCAUAAUAUAGGUAUAGCUCUUCAAUACAAAAUGUUGAAAUUCCCAGUCAAUAUUCAUUUUAGGAAAUGGGCAGCAUGGUGAUAUUAUUUUGAUUACAAUAAUCCAUUUUGCAAGUGUGACUUUGGCAUUACAUGUAAUUGACACAUAUGUUUAUUCUAUGGUAAAUCAUAGAGAGACUAUUAACACGGGUAGUGCCUAUGCUGCAUCACCAACUGAGGAGACACUAUAAUUUCAUGCCAUUGCAUCAAAAAAGCUUCAGAUUCUACUUAUUUGGUCAGCUGCACCCCACAUGCAUGUGCACAGUGUGUUAUAGUUCAGGACAUAUGGCAGCUACAUACACUGAGAUAGUAUUACUGCAACUGAUCUUUCCAGCUUCAGGCAGCACACCCUGAAAAAUAUAGUCAGUUUUAGAUAACUGAAUUUGCUUUAGAUAACCGAAAUAUGGUAUUUUGAGUAGAUGUUGCUCAGUUCAGUUCAGUUCCCGUCUGACUGUCGAACCUCUGUGGCCGAAAGCAAACACAAAUUCCACAUUCCGCAUAGUUUUAGAAGCAAUAUUUGAGCAUGGCUAUAUUUGUCCCAAAUCCCAUUUCAAAAUGUCAGAAGUAAAUUUAGCACAAGGUUAAAGUAUGCCUGCUAUGAGUGUACCAGUCACUGCCCCCCUUGAAAAAAUCUGCAAGCACCCCCCUGGCUCACCCCUUUAUGCCUUUCAGCCAAGCACAUCCACCUACAAGUACCUGACUGACACCAGCUCAUGUCCUUCAUAGAUGUUUGGAGUUUUUGGUGUUCCCUGAUCUUCCUGGCUUUCAUUUUAUUGUUUUUGGUUUUUUUUGUUGUCAGUUUUUCAUUAUCUUAAUGGCCUGAACAAAAAGACAUGGAAUAUGUUGACUUUUAUUUUAGGCACACACUUGCCUUGCUGCUGGUUUAUGUGUUGUCUCAACCUUCUGAAAUCUGUCCUAUUGGGAUUCCACUGUGUGUUAUUGCGGGGUGUAACCUCAAGGUACAUUGCACAGGUGUGUAAGAUGUAAGUUGCACUGCGACAUUAAAAAAAGGAACAUAUUGCUCUUUUUUCAAAGAUAUUAUAAACUAUUAUUCUGUACAUUAACGGAUUUAAAAAAAUAAGAAAGAAAAUAUACAUUUAUUCUUCCUAAAAUUCAAAAGUAGCCUUUUUUGCUUUCAGAUAUAGAUAUAUAAAUAUAUAUAUAGAGAAAUUAAAGAUUGUAAAUCAUCUUGUUGUAAAACUAUGACUUCAAUAAACUGAAUCCUCUGCACUAUA